UUACGACCUUCUGGUUGGCGUUCUCGCCUACCCACUUUGCCCUUCUGGGGUCUCUCUACGGUCUCUGUAGUCUCCGUUCUCCGUUCUCGGUUCUCGGAUUCUCAGUUCUCGAUUCUCUGUUUUUGUGCCAUGCUCACCUCGCAUCCUCACAUUCUCACAUCCUCGCAACAUCACAACCUCGCCGGCAACGCAUCUCCUCGACAACCACCUCGGGUAUAUCUGUAUCUAUGUAUCUAUAUAUCUGCGUAUCUGUAGCUGCGCCUGGCCCGUCGACUGCGCUGCAACCGAACCGAACCGAACCUUGUGUCAAAGUGAACGGCAAAUAUUAUUUUUUGGACACUUUGCCAUCAGGUCGCCGUCGCGUCGCCCGCAGCUACUACAUCUCGUCCUGCUCCCCGUUUUGUAGCCAUUGUCCUGCGGAGCUCCUGCAGUUCCUGUUGUCGCAUUCGAGGUCCGACUGUGGCUCCCAAAGCCACGGCCUUUGUCUUCGUCCUCCUCUCGGCGGCGUUGCACCAAUUGUGUUUAAUUGAAACCGACAACAAAAGCCAGAAACGCUGCCAAAGAGAACCCAAAAGUAUCCCAAAAGAAUACCCAAAGUAUAAAAAGAAAAUGAAAGAUGUGGCUGUAAAUCAAGAGGAGCCGGUUCGGGUUCGUUUGUUGCCAAAAAUACAAGAAUUAAUUAUUAUAAUGACAAAGAACAAGCACUUUGACCCCACUCCGCGUCCGCAUUCGCAUCCGCGCGCGUUCGUUUGGCCAAUUGUGAAUGUGGAUUACAAUUUCGCGUGUGCGAGUUGAGGCAAAAAAAUGGAUAUGGAAAGAAAAAGGAAAAAAUGAAUUUGCCAGCAUUUCCGCCUUGCGGUUUGCCAGCCGAAGGGACAGCGGUGCAGCCUUUGGACCGGGCUCCCUCGAGUGCGCGGGGCGUGACUUCAAUUAAAGUGAUUUGUGGCCUCCGUUUCUGACAUACGAGACGUAAAUAGCGGCCCUGAAUUAUGGUGCUGCUAAAAUAUGUAUAUUGGAACAUAGUCCUCGGCCCACCGGCCAAACACUCGCCAGUCACGCAGCUUGAAAACGCCUCCAAGUUGGCUAAUUGAAGGCUCCUUUUCAGCUCCCAAGAUACCCAAGCAAAAUGCCGUCGGCCGAAUCGAAAAUGUCGGCGAAGAAGUGGCUUUAAUGGAGAGCCAUGAUGGCCAGGCCAAAAAGAAGAAGAGCAGUGAAGAGCGGCAUGCCGUUGGAAUGCGGGAGAAUUGGGCUGCGUCGACGGCGACGCCGCCAGCGCUGCCUCCGCAUUUCAAUGGUUGCCUAGCGACAGCGGCGGCGGCAGCCAUCAUGGAUGUGACAGAGAGCGUGCUCGCCGCCCGCUCUCCCUCUCUCGCUCGUGCCAACGGCCAUUCGGCGUUCGUGUUCCAGGGCGGCCAUGCUGCUCUGCUCGCCACUCACCUGCGACGUCGGCAGUUGUGAAGUUCUUGCGGCGUGAGCGAGCGAAUUUCGGGCACCCGAAAAACCAGAGGCUCAGAACACAGGAUUGCGAGCGGGAGGGGGCGGUGGAAUUUCGCGCCUGCGUCGUUACCCAAAAAAAGAGGAAAAUGCUGAAACUAAGGCCGAGAAUCGAAGGAAGUUGCCCGGGUUUGACUAGCCAACGACCCCUGCUGCGAAAACUUAAACCGACGCCAGCUGCUUCAGGUAACUACAACCUACCCAUCUAAACCGUUUAAGCUGCCCUAAGUUUAUUCAAUAUUUUGGUUAUUUAACACGAAGUGAAAUAGAGAAUGAGUUCUCCGAGGGACUCGCAGAUGGAUACUCUGGGCACUCGUCUGCGUCUUCGCGUGUGUUUGUGUGUUUUUAUAACAUUUGUGGAUUACGCCUAUAAAAACUACACCUCACCGCGGAGCCAGCGGAGGGCUCCAGCUACCACAACAGGAUUACCAGCAAGCUGCAAUCAUGAUGCAACCUGUCGCACGGGAGAUUACAACGGAGCUGUUUCUUUUAUGGUUUGUUCCGCUUUUGUUUAACGCUCCUGAGGAUCACACGCAAUCCCACGCAAUCCACCACCGAAAUGAGAAAAACCCGACUCGACGCACAACUCGACUCAACCGAAACCCGACUCCCAGCCCCCGGCAACUCAAAAUAGUGUUUUAUUGUUGAAAAUUACGCUUCUUUUAUUUAUUUACGUUUUUCUGCACUUUCUGCCGUUCCCUCACUCUCACCCAGUUUCAAUUUUUAUAUGUUUAUUACGAUUAUUAUCGUUUAAUGGGGCUUGCGCGCUCGUUACGGCUGUUUUUGCUAUUGUUGCACCAGUAGUUGUGUCAGACUAACGUGUGAAGUUGUUUUAUUAUUUGUUUUGAUUAUCAAAAUGGGCGUUUUACAUUUUUCCGGUCGUUGGGCGGCCCACCUGCCACGGGCCCACAGCUUAUGGCCCAUAUCCCAUAACCCCGGGGCAAGGGCAGUAAAUCACAGCCCGCUGUGAGGGGCUGAGUAUCUGGGCAGCAGUACACUCAGAAAACCACAAUCCUUCACUUAGGGAAUUCUUCGAAGUUAUUAUGUGGCUAUGGCGACGCUGAUGCUUGCAGUUAAGAACUAACUCCUUGAGUUCCUUUGUAAUAUUUGAUGUCCCAUCAUCUAAAUAGCAGUUUAUCCCAUUAAAAAAGCCCAUUUGUAACAAAGGUUUAGAGGGUAAACGAAAUGAUAAGCUUAGAUAGGAUUUUUGAAGUAUUUAAUAAAUAUUUAAAAUGUCCUUGAAAUAUAUAUUAAUAAUAAGAAAAGAAACACUUGAAUAUUUUAUCUUAGAAAAGAAUACCAAAGAAAAUAAAAACAGCGCAUCAUAAUUUAAAAAUGGAAAAGUUCCAUUAAAACUCCAAAGACCAUAAUGAUUUUUGCCAGUGUUUGAGUGGAUUCGAUUGCACUCAGUGCUGGCCACUCAUUCGCACUCGCCGUAUGACCCAUAAACAUAAACCAAAGUGUGGCAAAAUGUUUAAUUUGGAAUUUAUGAGCAAUUAAUUUUAAAGCACUCGCCCGGCCGUUAACGCUGUUUCACCCACCCUUGGCCAUAAAAGAUUUAACAAGCCAGUGCGCCAAAAAUUGAUUGUUUACCCAAUCCGUUGAUUGAUCAAUUAUUCAAUUGUUAUCGCCCAAGAUUUGGCAAUCGUAUUCGAACAAGAGCCGUAAAACUACGUGAAAGCCAAUUAAAAAGGAAUUAAGUAUUUGAGCAGCCAGGUGAGAGGUCAUUAAACAGGCAGAAGCCAAAGAACUUAAAUAUUUAUGUUAAUUAAAAGAAACUAUUAGGUAGGAAAAACAUGUUUGGUACGAAUUAUAACAAUAAUUACUUAUAAUUACGCAUUUAUUGCUUAAGAAAAUUAUUAAUCAUAAAAAAUUUAAAUAAUGUACAAAAUGUAAAACAUCUUCACAAAAAUAAAAAUAAGUACAAAACAU